AUGAAACGAAAAGCACAGAUCUCUCAAUCAGAGGAGCCUGAAUCAGUACAGGACACAGAUAUCGUAAGGAAGAAGGCAAAACCUCUUAAUGCACCAUGUAGUGAAUCACCAAAAACCGAACCAUCAUUUAUUGAAUUAGAGAUGCCUCAAGCCCAAGUGUAUUAUUAUUCACCCAUUUUUUCCUUACAAGAUUGCACGAGUUAUUAUUCUGCUCUGGCAUCUCUUUCUUAUUGGUCACGCCCAAUCUUUAAAGUACAUGGACACACUUCACCUGCUCACCGACUCACUUGUUCUUUUGGUUCAACAGCCGAUAAGGUUUAUAAUUAUUCCGGAACUAGCGCAAAAGUUGAUUCGAUUGAUUAUCCACAUUCUAUAAAAAUUAUUAAAGAAAAAAUUGAAACUAUCUUAAAUGCCAAGUUUAAUUUUGUUCUAUUAAAUUGGUAUCAAAGUGGUAAUGAUUAUAUCGGUGAACAUUCGGAUAGUGAAAAAGGACUUGUUCCUCAAGGUAUUAUUGCUUCAGUCAGCUUUGGUUCACCAAGAACUAUUAUAUUUAAAAAUAAAUCUGAUAAGAAACUAACACGGAAAAUU